UGAUUGUUAUUUUCAGAGUUCGGUAUGAGUAGCUAUAUUCAAACCGUUGUUAUUACUAGUGGAAUUGUCUAAAGAUAUCAUUUUCAUUACAAAAUUAGUGAAAUUAUGUAUCGGAGAGCACAAUUCAGAAAGUCAAGAUAUAAUUGGUAUGGAUUGGACCAGUGUUUGUGUGGCGUCGUAAGAGCUGACGGUCCGCAUCACUAAAGGUUAACAACUACACCAAUUACAGUUCAAUAAUUACCACCACCAACUGGAAGUCUGCAAUAGACUGGUAGUGAUAGUUCCUCCAGUAGGCCCAUGUGGCUAUCUCCGACCUCCCCCGCCGGUGAAUGGCUAGGGUUUGUGUCUGCCGUUUGGGUACAAUCCGUCUCAGGCAACACCUACAGCUCCUCAAAGUACUCACAAGCUCUCGAAUCAAUCAUGAACCUCACCCAACUCCAGCUCAACAACCUCUCCGUGGCCAAAGAUGUCGGCAUCGCCUUUGGCCUUCUCGCCGGCAUCUCCUCCCACCGCUUGCCCACUCCAGCCCUCCUUCUCAUUGGUUCUAUCGCAGGAUUCAUCGGUUACGGCGGACAGUGGCUCGUCAUUAGCGCCACAAUUCAAUCUCCCCCUUAUUGGCUGAUGUGUAUAUUUAUGUGCUUGGGAGGGAAUAGCGGUACCUGGAUGAACACCGCUGUGCUCGUGACUUGCUUUCGGAACUUCCGGAACCACAGAGGGCCAGUUGCUGGGAUUCUGAAGGGUUAUCUAGGUCUGAGCUCAGCCAUAUUCACCGAUUUCUGCACUGCUUUAUUCUCAGACAGUGACUACACUUACCUUCUCAUGCUCGCAAUCGUCCCUUUCGUGGUUUGCUUCACCGGAAUCAUCUUCCUCCGUGAAGUCCCACCGUCGUCCACCACCGGAGAAACAGAGGAAACUCGUUACUUAGUAGUUUUCAAUGUCGUUGCCGUCGCAGUAGCCGUUUAUCUUUUAGCAUUCGAUCUCAGCGGCACUCACGGCGAGGCCUUUUCUCUAGCCUUCGCGGUUACACUUCUCAUCCUUUUAGCUUCGCCGUUGUUGAUCCCUCUGUACGUUGCGUUAAGCAGCUCAAAUAAGUCCACUUCUACAUCUAGUUCGUACAUCGAAAGCGACGUGACGAGUCCGUUACUGGCGGCGUCAGAGGAGGAGAGCAACAGGGACACGGUGGUGGAAGUGGAGAGGAGGCGGAGGGCGGUGAUCGGAGAGGACCACACGGCGUUGGAGGCGUUAGCGGCUAUUGACUUUUGGGUACUGUUUGUAUCGUUUCUUUGUGGAGUGGGACCAGCUAUUACUGUGACAAAUAAUUUGGGACGGAUGGCGGUGGCGUUUGGAUACACGGAUGAUUCUAUCUUUGUUUCUCUUUUUAGCAUUGGAGGAUUUUUCGGACGGAUCAGCUCCGGUUGGGUUUCUGAGUUCUUCAUCAAGUAA